UCUCAUCUGCCUCUGUUGUCUCUCUCCUUCCAGGAAGACUGUGGAGGAGAGUCAGAGAUCGCGGCGGCGGCGCACGCUCAUGCCGAGGGAACGCUCUGAAUCCAUGAGCUCCAGCUCCAUUUACUUCACCGCCAGCGCCGGGGUCUCCAGUCUCUGUGACGACAGCGAGGUCGGGUACUCCACGGCCUAUUCCAACGCCGAGUCCGACUACACGGACAGAGAGACGGAUCGCGAGACGGAUAAAGAUGGUGAGGAUGACGGGAGGGACUCUGAGGAGGAGAGCUGCGCCACGGUGCUCACUCUGAGACAGGACGAUUCACAGGCCGAGGAAGAGGACGAUGAAGAUGCCGGGCUGAUGGUGGACUGUUUAAUGGACAUUCCCAGCCCUGAAUUCGCCCUCCUGCUCGCCCAGUGUGAUCUGCUGCAUGCAGGGGAUUCUGGGAAAAAAGCAGAGGGCUUCCAGCUGCUGAUGGAGAACAGACCGCUG